ACAUACACACACACCACCAAACCUCUUUAUUUUAUUGCUCUGUUCUUGAGUAAACCUCUGAUUUUCGCGUGGGAAGAAGAAACCCCACGAAGAAAGUUUAGAAUUUUCGAAACUUUUUUCUAUUUUUUUUUGUAUUAUCUUUUCAUGAAGAUUCAAGAAGAUCCAUUUUCUUAAAAUCACUUGAGAUUUAUUUGGAUCUUGUGGUGGAAGAGGGUUUCUAAGGUCUUUGCUCCUUCGUCCUCUGAUGGGUGCGAGUCACUCUGGUUAUCUGUCUUCAUCGUCUUGUUUUGGGGAUCGUAAUCUGUCAAAUCCUGGUUUAGGGGAUUUGCCGGAGGCUUGUGUGGCUCUGAUUAUUGAGAAAUUAGACCCCGUCGAGAUCUGUGGAUUCUCGAAGCUCAACAGAGCCUUUCGCGGCGCUUCAUGGGCUGAUUUCGUGUGGGAAUCGAAGCUUCCUCCGAAUUACAGGGUUUUUCUCGAGAAAAUCCGUGGUGGGUUCCCGGAAAAUCUGCAGAAAAGAGACAUCUACGCUUGUCUCUCCAGGAUUACUUCAUUCGAUGAAGGCAACAAGAUGGUAUGGAUAGAUAAACGAAGCGGUGGUGUUUGUCUAAGCAUUUCAGCUAAAGGAUUAUCCGUCACAGGCAUUGAUGAUCGUAGAUAUUGGAGUCAUAUUCCUACAGAUGAAUCUCGGUUUUCUUCUAUAGCUUAUCUCCAACAAACAUGGUGGUUUGAAGUUGAUGGUGAAAUUGAUUUCCCGUUCCCGGUUGGAACAUACAGCAUCUUUUUCAGGCUUCAAUUAGGCCAGUCCGGCAAGUGGUUUGGUCGACGGGUCUGUAACACCCAACAAGUCCAUGGUUGGGACGUUAAACCGGUUCGGUUUCAAAUCUGGACCGAAGAUGGUCAGUAUUCCUCGUCUCAAUGCAUGUUAACCGAGCGGGGAAACUGGAAUCACUACCACGCUGGAGACUUUGUAGUCCGGGAAUCGAAAAGCUCAUCGACAAAGAUAAAGUUUUCGAUGACUCAGAUCGAUUGUACUCAUACCAAAGGCGGGUUAUCACUAGACUCUGUAAUUGUAUACCCGAGCUCGUGUAAAGACCGGUUGAAGCGGUUUUAAUGUUUCAACCAGAGCCGGUUUAGUUAGGUGUUUUUAUGCAGUUCUUUAGCCUUUUUAUAGAUGUAGUUAGAAAAGCUUUUAUUAGAGUCAGUCUUUUGUUAUGAAAUUAUUGUUUUUGUUAUGUUAACUGAGUUUUGAAGUUUGCAAACUGUUAUAAUAUUGAGUGGUUAUGAAA